CAUGGGCAGAAAGUCUUAAUCCAGUCCCUCACGGUUUGAUUUCUACAGUUCGUGGCUUUGAGGGCUUGUAUUUUCAUUUCUACACAACUGGAGAUUAAAUGAGAGCUGGAGGAUAAAGCCCGGGCCGGUACAUUUAGACAUAUAAAUUAUUCUGAAAGACAGAGACAACACAGCAGAUAAAGUUAGGAAGUUAUCUUAUUUCUUCUCUUGUGGCAAUAAUACGGACUGAGGCACAUGCGCUAACCCACUUUGGAUAAUAUUUGUAACUUAGUGAUAGCAGCAAAUAAUUCGUGCAUAUAUAUGUUGAUGUUUUGAGCACCAACGAUACUUAUAACACGCACGUUAAACGUUGGUCAGCUAAACGUUAGCCAGCUAAGUUAGCCAAGCGGAGCUGAAUCAACAACAAGUUGACUGAAAACUACAAGUAACUUUGUUUGUUUAAAGCUGAGUUGUACGUUUGAAGGAAUUACAUAAUUUACUGUUUAAUUGAGGUAACUUUGAGAGAAAGGCAGGUUUGCUGUCGUUAGUAGCCGGUUGGGAUGUCAUCGCCUCCAUAUGGUCACAAGAGUCAUGAAGAGUCAACGAGCAGAGCUGACAGCGACUCAGAGGACGAGCCCAAGCUCCCCCUCAAUCAGUUCUACCCAUACAUCCGAUGUGCCCUCUGCUGCGGCUUCCUCAUCGAUGCCACCACCAUCACAGAGUGUUUGCACACAUUUUGCAAAAGCUGCAUCGUGAAACAUUUUUUCUACAGCAACAGGUGUCCCACAUGCAGCAUCGUAGUCCACCAAACACAACCCCUUUACAACAUCAGGCCUGACAGACAACUGCAGGAUAUUGUUUAUAAAAUGGUUCCAUUCCUGGAGGAGUUUGAAAGAGAACAAAUGUGUAGCUUCUACAAAGAGAGAGGGCUGGACCUGCCAAAACCAGUGUCCGUCUCCCCACCAGGUCCUGCAGUGGGGAAAAGGCAGAAGAAGGAUAACAUAACCCAGUCUGUGUUCACCAUCCCUCCUGAGCUGGAUGUGUCACUGCUACUGGAGUUUGUAGGGGCUGAAGAGGGGAUUAGCAACUACAAGCCACUAGAGAGGCGGUAUGUCCGUGUUUCAGGCGAGGCCACCGUUCGCCACGUGGAGCUGUUCAUCAGGAGGAAGAUGGAGCUCAGCCCAACCUGCCAGGUGGAUGUGGUUUGCGGAGAUCAUCUCCUAGAUCACUAUCAGUCACUCAAAGACAUACAGAGCUCUGUGGGAACAGAGGCACUGCAGGACGGUUUGUUGGUGCUGCACUUCGGUUUGGUCCUGCCCUCCCAGUCUUGAGUCGCAAAGAUGGAUGCAGAAAUACCUGAGGGGACUUUUUUUUUUGCAUCCUGUCAUAGUGUGGAGUGAAGUUUUCACAUUGGCAUUAUAACUAGUCCAAAGCUGUCUUGGCACUGUGUGCGAAUAUAAAGUUUAAUUUAAAUUUCUAACUUAAAUAUUACAACAAAGUAAAUGUAGCAAGUGGCCGGCAAAACAUUAAAUGUGAAAGAGAGAUUCUCAGAGCAAUAUAGUUGGAUUUCUUUACUGAGAAGUAUGAAAAUGUGUAAACUCUUAAUGUUCACACUAUAGCAUCUAAUUUUCAACCCCCAAGAUGAUCACUUGUAUUCAGGACGGCCGUGUGUCUGCUGCAGAUUUGCUGGACACAGGAAGUAUAUAUUUAAUUUAGUGAAGUGACGUUGUGUUGCAAUGAACUUUUCUGUCACGUUGUGGUAUGUACCUGAAGUGACAAUUUCCUACAGAACUGUGAUAUCUUUUUUUUUUUAGGUAUUGUUUUGUGUGCUGACACUCAAGGAUGUGACCGAUACUGUAGCUAAAACUGGACCGAACCACUGUCAAUGGAUCUUAAACUCCUCACAUCUCCAACAGAUAUAAAAGCAAUAGUGUCUGUUCUGAAAAGCUGCAUCAGUCCCAUCUUUUGGGAAACCAGGGAUCUCUCUUAAUACUUUUCUAUUUAUGGGUUUGAGAAUCGAGUUUACUGUCUGGGUUUCAUUUCAAAUCGAAGAUUGUGAUCUUAAGGGCUUGACACAAAAGGAUUACCACUGCCAAAGGUUUGUGUGUGUAUUUUAUAGAGCUUAGAUCUACACUGUAUCUUUAGAGUGACUCGCUUCUUGUUGAUUUAAUCGUUUAAUUUAACUUUUGUAUUGAUUACUUAUUCAUGCUCAUGUUGUCUGACUUAAGCUGUUGAUGUAAACUGAUGUCAUUGUUUUGAUAAAAAAUCUGCUUUCAGUACAAAUCACUAAAAAAAGCUGUUAUUUAAAGGGAGCCUGUAUAAAGAAAUCUUUGGUAGGGUUUGAUAUAAAAUACCUUUACUACUUGGUUUAUAAGUUUGAAUAAAUAUUUGAUGACACAACUGAAA